CACUCUUGUAAGUGGAGGAGGAUCAGGAGAAUCAGACACCAGUCGUCAUAGAAGUAAAAGUAUUGCUAAGCAAAUAGUGGCGUUAGCAAGAAGGAACAGAUACAACCCGUUUCAAAAGCAUGAAAUUGACUUAGAAAGUCUGAUUCCUCCUAAAGAACGUAACCGCCAUGUUGCGGCUAAUCCUCAUCAUAUUCGUGUAAGAGCUCAGGCCCUUGAAAAAAAAAGUAAUAAAAAUAAAAAUUAUGACUUUAUACAUGAAGGCAGCGAUAGUGUAGUUAACACCCAAGAUGUGAUUUUACCAGAUAUCAUCAAAGGAACAGAAAGCGGAAAGUUUCCAAUUUCGCGCAGGGAAUCAAAUAGUCACAUUUUAAAAGCCAUACGGAAAGUUAUCGAGACGGAGCUCAUAGAUCGAUAUGCAGAUAGUCUAAUGUAUCGUCCCGGAAGAAGGCAUAAAGAAUAUUCCAGAGAACACCCUGGCCGUACUUUUGUAGAUCCAGGCAGAAAUAUUCUGAAAUCGUCAGCAAACUAUCCGGCAAAAGAAGAAGAAGCCGCUGUGUAUGGUAAUCCUGCCAAUAUUGGUAUACGAUACAGUAAAGAAGCCGAGCGAGUUAAGUACUCAGAUUUCAGGAAACGUAAACAGGAUGAUGUUGAUGAUGACGCUGAUGAGGAAGCCGUGCUAAGUUUCCUCAAACACAACGGAGGGGGAGGAAGAAGAAGUGGACUUCAAUUAGAUAUUGAUCCAGUGCAGACAUUUCCAAUAAUAAGACAUAACAGAUACAAAGAAAGAGAGAGAGACAGAUAUCCCAGAGCAGAAAUAAAAAAAUUGCCGGGAAAGCAGUUCUUAAUGCUGUGCAUAAAAAUAAACUUUAUGGAUCGUAAGUAAUAAAAAGAGCGAUUUAAGUUUUUUUUUAAUUAUCCUGAAAGGCUUUCCUCUCUAGGCAGUAUAUUCUGUAAAAGACCAAAAGGAUUAAAAAGGCCACAUCGAAGCAAUGAAGGAGUUUCCAGGCGACGUUCUCAAAAAAAAAAAUAGAUGGCGCAGGAUACCUUCGUUUAACCUUCUUAUAGUUUCGUGGUUAGCAGACAUAUCCAUCUUUUAUCUUUGUUUUUGGCUAAUGACACUUGUUAUUACACCCAGGCACAAUACAUUUUCCAUCCAUUAUAAUUCCGAUAACAAUAAGCCGCAAGAGAAGUGUGUCAGGAUCGAAGCAAAUGGAAUUCUAUAGUCUCUGCUUACCCCGGUGGGAAAUAGGCGUGAGUUUAUGUAUGUAUGCAUGUUUCAAUCAAUAUAGGUAGCAAUUUAAUUCUAAAAUAUCUGUUCCAAAUAUCAAGCAAUAAUUGAUUUAUUAUCCCUCUGUCAUCACAUCAUAAUUUUUUGAAUAAUGAUUUAAUCGAGCAAUGAGAAAAUAGGUUAUUAUCACGUUAAAGAUAAACAGCGCCAUCUAUAUAUAUUUUUUGGGGAACGUGGCGUGGAAAGUCUUUCAUUCGUCUGAAAAGCAAUAUUUCAAUUUGCCAUUUGCGCGUGUAAACAAAGUGCGUAAUGUCAACAAAUGUCGAAUAGCAAUUAAUUCCUUCAAUGUGCGUUUUAAGCCUCCCAGAUCUAAAAUAAAUUGAAUUAGUAAGUGGUCAACAUACUCGUGAAAAACGGCAUAAUUAACGCUAGGGAAAUGUU